GCACAGCUUUCAGGAUCCCAAUUGGGAAAGUCUCAGGCAGAGCAUCCUCUCCAUGGGGAAAUGGCAGGGAAUAAAUUUCCAAGCAACAUGACCUGGAAGACUGCUAUGGAGAUCCCGGCUCUGGGGAGACCCUUCCAUCUGGGGACACCGUAUGACCGCCUCUCAGACCCAGACAGCAGUGGAGGAGACUCAAAGGAGUCAGAAGUCAGAAUUGUCCUUGUGGGGAUAACAGGGUCUGGGAAAAGUGCAACAGGAAACACCAUCCUGGACAAUGAAGAGUUUGAGUCCAAGUAUUCAGGAGGGUCAGUCACCAAGGUCUGCAGGAAAGCCAGGGGCACAUGGAAUGGGAGGGACAUUUCUGUGCUUGAUACUCCAGGCAUUUUUGACACCAAUACUCCAGAGAAAGAAAACUUGAAGGAAAUAGCUCACUUCAUGACACUCUCCUCUCCAGGACCACAUGCUCUACUCCUGGUGCUGCAAGUGGGUCGUUUCACCAAGGAGGAGAAGGCAGCCAUUGAAGGGCUUUAUAAAAUUCUAGGAGCUAAAGCAGUGAAUUUUUUGAUCAUUGUAUUCACUCGAAAAGAAGACCUGAGAGAACAAAGUCUAGGGGAGUACUUAACAACCAUUGAUGACUCAUAUUUCAAGGAGUUGUUGGAGAAGUGUAAAAACCGAUGCUGUGCAUUUGACAAUAAUGCUAGUGGAGGCCAGAGACGUGCCCAGGUUUCAGAUCUGAUGGCCAUGGUUGAGAAAAUGGUGCAAGAUAAUGGGGGCACCCACUACACCAACAAUAUGUAUGAAUCUGUGGAAAAUCUUCUCCAGGAAGAAACAAUGGCUCUCCUGGUCAAGUUUUCCAUUGUAGAGCAGCAGACACUCUAUCCAGCAGCUGGAGAGUCAGUUCAAGAGCAUUCCAGAGACAUUUGA